GUGUUGCAAGGAUUCAUGAGUCCGGUUCAUAUCCGGGCAAUGUAAUGGGCAACCAGUCUCCAGAAUCUUCCUCCUGCGCAGGAGACAAUGAAGACGAGCUUGCUUCGUUGAGAGCGUUGGGAGAACAUGACGAGUUGUCUGCAGCUUUACUGGCAUAUCUUGUUCACAGUGGUCGAGUGAAAUUGGUUCCUGCUUCAACAAGCAAUAGUGAAUCAUUGAUUGGACAAGAAGGUAAUGAUGACAAAGUUGAAGCAUGGUCUGAUCUUCCUCUUGCAGUAAAGAACAAUGACAUUUCUCAAUUGAUAGCACAUGCAAGUAGACUUCAUAUUCAUAACAGACCUCAGCCUACUGCCAGGAAUUUGGCUUGCAAUGUGAAAUCAAGACAGGUGGCUUCGUCUGACUGUCAAGGAGGAUUUUCAUCAGCUACUAAAAUAGGAAUAAUGUCACAACAGCGAUAUCUUCCUAAUUCAAGCAGAGUGGUUGCUCGCUUUGUCGGCAAAGUGACUGGUGGAGUGUUUUCUUCUGAUGGACUGGCAUUCAUGUCGAUGUGCCAAGAUAAUUACAUUCGACUGUUCGAUGUCACCCAUCACAGAUUUAAAUGUUUUCAUGCUGUCGAAUGCAGGCAUGUCGGCUACAGUGUGAUUGACACACAUUUCAGUCCUGACAAUAGCUGCUUGAUCUAUGCCAGCUGGCAUGACAGCAUUCAACUUUACCGAAUUUAUAGCGAUGAUAAACAACAUAUUGCAUUAAGUUUAAGGCCGCCUAAUGUCUCACAUUUCUGUCCUUUCUCUAUUCGAUUCUCUCCUGACAACAAUCAUAUAUUGGCCGGUGGUAAUGAUGGCUGUGUCUAUUUGUAUGACCAAGCAAGGGGCGAGAGGACACUUCGUUUUCUGACAUCAUACGGAGGAGAUGAUGGUGUUUCCUAUGACGUGAAUGUUGUGUCGUAUGCGGAUGAAUCUCCUAACGUUGUGUUUUCUGGAGGUGAUGAUACACUGUGUAUGGUAUGGGACUUGCGAAUAGUGAAUGAGAGUCAUCCACGUCCUGUAGCUGCAAUGGCAGGUCACAGAGGAGGCAUUACAUUUAUUGACUCGAAGGGUGAUAGUCGCUAUCUAAUUACUAACUCAAAAGAUCAGACUAUAAAGCUGUGGGACAUUCGGCAUCCUUCAGAUACCGAAACAUUAAGAAAUGCAAGAGUAUCUGUUACAGCAGCAGCAAAUUGGGAUUAUAGGUGGCAAGCACCACCUACAUUAUUUGACAAGCAAGCUGAAAUGGCUGGUGAUGACUCUCUGAUGACAUACCGAGGACAUCAGGUGUUAAAAUGUCUUAUACGUUCUCGGUUUUCACCAGUCCAUGUUACAGGCCAGCGAUAUAUUUAUUCUGGCUGCUCCUCAGGCAAUGUGAUUGUAUAUGAUGUUCUGACAGGAGAAGUUGUGUCUCAACUUAGAGGUCACACAAGUACAGUACGUGAUGCGUCCUGGCAUCCAUAUGAGCAGGUCAUUUGCUCUUCAUCGUGGGAUGGUACUCAUGCAUGGUGGGAAUAUGUGCCUGAAAGAAGAGACGCUGUGUACAACAUGGCAAGAAAGUCAGGAACCGCUAACUGAUAUUAAAGUUUGUUUUUAGUUUAUUUCAGUAUUAAAAUUUGAAUUUUGGUGCCGUUCCUCA